AUGUUCUUUUCUGUCUCUCAGGCUCAUCUACGCCAUCUUGGGGCCAUCAGCCUGUAUCUGGACAUCCUCAACCUGCUUGAGGAUGGGUUUUGCCUCUCUAAAUGGUUUGCUUGCCAUAAUGUUAGUGGAGACACGUACCGCUAUUGCGGAAGACGACAACAAACUAACUCUCCCUUGGUUUUCCUCCUUCCGCUUAUCGAAAAGAUGCAAGUUGGUUAA